ACUCAAACAAAACGAGGAGAGGAGAGGUCUCUCCUGCAGGAUAUACACAAUGAAAGUGCCAUGGAUUUACUGCUUCUUAUCUCUUCUCUUGGCCCUGAAGAUUCACACCGCUCAUUCAGCUCCCGAUUUCACUCUCUACCUUCACAACAUCUUGAAGAACCACACAGCUCAUGCUUGUGAAGGAGACACGCUCAUCAUCAAGUGUCCCUCCAGGACGUCUGUGGCCGUCCUCUCGGCUUUCUAUGGACGACGUGUUCCUAAUCUGCAUUUGUGUCCCUCUGCAAACACAAACACAACUGCAGAGGAGGAUAACGAAUGCACUUCCCCAGUCGCUACCGAGAAAGUGCUGUCAGAGUGUCAGGAUCGGCGGUCCUGUCACAUCCCUGUCUUCAGUCCAGUGUUUGGGCAGGACCCCUGUCCUCUCACCAGCAAGUACCUUCUAGUCUCCUACAAGUGCAGACCAGAGCACCACCGCAGCAGGCUGGUGUGUGAGAAUGAGCGUCUGAGGCUGACUUGUAAAAACGACACCGUCCUCGCCAUCUACUCAGCCUCGUUCGGACACCUGCUGCACGGCAGUCCUCACUGUCCUCAGGAACCUGGAUCACACAAUGACAUGGAGUGUCUGUCCUCCACGGCUCUGAGGAAGGUGUCACGCCGGUGUCACAGCAGAGCGAGCUGCUCACUGGUGGCCGACACCCAAACAUUUGGGGACCCGUGUUUCCCCGGCACCAGGAAACACCUGCGGGUGUCCUUCACUUGUGUGCCCCGGUAUCUUCUGGAAGAUGUUAGUCGAGGGUCAACUGAUCCUUUCAUGAUCUCAGACUACACACAUGGCGGAUGGUACACUGGCCCCACCUACAGGCCUCAUAAUGUGCUCGUAACCAACUCUCUGGAGAUCAUUGAAAAAAUGUUGGAUUUCCCAGAGCGAGUGGCUCUGUACUUUGUGGUUGGCAUCUGUGCUGGUCUGGUUUUCCUGCUCUGCCUGUUUGGUGUACGCUCCACACUGGUGAGGGAUGUUAAAGAUCUGGUUUCUGACCUGAAGGAGGAGCUGGAAGCUUCUCGCAGGAAACGAAAGGAACUCAUGCAGGAUCUCUUUGACGAUGACAUCUCAGACACGGCGUCCUUCCGUUGCCUGACACAAUCCUACCGCACGACAGAAAUCCUCAGUCCUUCCACUUUGACGGUCGAGAUGGUUGAACGUGAGGUGGAACAGACGAGGGACCUGCCCAACGGAGACAUUUGGCCACAUCGAGACUCCAGCCCUUAUGCCAUUCAUAAGAUUAAAACCUACAACAACUGAGAGAAGUCACAUGUACAGUUGAAACUAUUGCUAAAUAAUCCUUCUGAUUACAUUAAAGUUUUGGACUGAAAUUGACUUUCAAAAUAAUGUAACUUCUUUAUCCAUGUUUUGUCAUUUUUGUCAAAGUGACUAUUAACAAUAAAGAGUUCAAUACAAUGUGUUACAUGAAUUGGUUAUGAAGAUUAACAGUAGAAGAUUUGUUCAUGAAGGUAUUUUUUUAUGAAAUGUAACAAAUGGGACAAAUGAUUAUGCCUCGGGAAGUUUUCUGCAUAUUUGUUUUGGUUUUAAGAUGUCAUAUAAAAUGUCAAACCAGUAUAUAGUGUACAAUCAACAUUGUAAAUAGUAAUAGUUGUUUUAGUAGGGUGAGAAAUUAGGUAUAUUUUAAGUGAUGUUUCCUAGAAAGUCCUUGCACAAAUGUAGAUGCUUUUUUUGAGUAACAGUUACAAACCAUUCUUUAAAAAUACUACAAUGCCUACUAAUAAAAAAGGUUAAAGCCCUGAAUUCAAAAUAUUGUUUAAUAUUUUCAGCAAAAUGUUUUGGGUGUGAAAAGUAAAAAAUAUUCAUCAUGAAAAAUGACACUUUUUAAAUGUUUUAAUUUAUUAUGAAUCCUUCUUUUUUUAUUAGGAGUUUUUUUUAAUGUUGUAGCUGGUAAGGUGUGGCAAAUAAAAUAAGCUAAUUUAAGUAUAAUGUACUGCAUUUAGCUCAGUAGCCUGAUACUGCAUCACAUUUUAAAAAUUGAUCAUACAUCUUGUAUCUACUGUAACACCUCUCAAGUAUAGCUGUCAAAUGAAUGAAGGAGAGCAAAAAUGCUAAAUAGUUUUUACUGAAGUGGCUGGUGUUGUGUCAAAUUAUGCACCCCCAUCAUGAAAUGCCCCCCUUGUCACGGGAACGCGCAUUUCUAAAUGACACGUUUACACCUUAAAACGAUGUUUAAAACGAAAAGUAAACGUUCAGGGUUUUUAUUAAUGGUAAUUUUCAGACUGUGAGUUGUUUAGUGGUAGCUCAUAUAGUUUUGAUUCUUGUGGUUAAACUUGUCGCUCCGUAUUUGAUGGUAGUGGUGUCGAAAUUCAUUCGUCACUACCUUUUCAGUUUUUGUUUUUUUUAAUCUUUUUUUUUUGUAUUAUUGUUACGUCCUGUCUGUAUACACGUGCUUUAAAAUGUAUUGUUUAAUUUUACAUAUUUGUCAUAUAAUAAUAAAAAUAUAUGUUUACAAA